GGAGGAGGAGCCAGGCCGGAACCCGCUGCCCCCGCCAACCGGAUGGUGCCGCCGGUCCCCUUGCGCGGGGCGCUGCUCGCCUGCGGGGACGCUGCGCUCUGGGGUUUGAAGUCCAUAAAAGGAAGCUGCCACAAUUUUUGUACUGCAGUUUCCAAAGUUGUCACUUACAAGGAACUUAAAAACCUGCUGAAUUCCAAAAAAAUCAUCUUAAUUGACGUUAGAGAGACGUGGGAAAUUUAUAUGUAUGGAAAGAUCCCCGGGUCGAUGAACAUACCAUUAGACGACGUAGUGGAAGCGCUGCAGAUGAGCCCCAGAGAAUUCAAAGAGAAGUACAAUGAAGAGCAGCCGUCCAAAUCUGACAACCUAGUGUUCUCCUGCUUAGCUGGAGUGAGGAGCAAGAAAGCUCUGGAGACAGCGGUGUCUCUGGGAUUUAGCAGGUCCCCUCUUCUCUUCCUUCCCAAGUCACACAUAGAUCUAUCACUGCAUCCAACUGCCCUCCCUUUGUCCUCUUCUCUCUCCUGGUCCUAAUGGAGUUGAAGUUCAGAGCCCUCAAGUCAUCUUCCUCUAACAUUUCUCCCCCUCUGGGAGUCCGGAUCAAAGUCUUUCUGGGGAGCGGAAGGUGGGAGCUGUGGCUUCUGUAAGUGCUUCUCCGCUGGACGUGGGCGUGGGCGCUGAUGGGUCAAUCCAUACCCCAGGCUGUGAAGCCAUGUUCCUUAUCUGAUGUGUCUGUUUCUCAUACAUGUUUAACAUCUGCAAAGUCUGGGGAACAGCCACUGCAUAUCAGUCACGAGAGCUUUUCUCUCCAAGUCCCAGUCCGGCUGGUGUCACACAACAGGAGAGCGUGUUCACAGCACUGACUGCUGGAUGUGUG